UUAUUAUAUGUAUUCAGGUUCACAGAUUGGAUGUUUGCUCGUGCACACAACUUAAACCUGGAGGGUGGAACCCUAGGCCAGUGUCUUCCCGCCCCUCCUUCCUCGUAUGCUUCGCCUUUGGUGGAGAUGUGACCCUUGUCUCCCGUCGAAGUGGACAACUACAUCAAGAACCCCACUACCAUUCUGGGUAGUGAGUUUGGUGGACCGGAGGUUGGACCGUGGAAAGUCAAAUCUAUCGUGCAAGAGGUCGAUAGCAUCUGCUUCAAUAUUCUACACGACAAUUGUGGUCCCUUUCCAAUACCAUACGACACCGAGGGUUUACGCAUCCUUUUUCUGGGAAGCCAACUUGUCCUGUGAACACGACAUUACCUCCGCUUCUAUAUGUACUAUACACUGGAGUUUGGCUAAAAUUCUCAUUUUGCCAUAGGUUCCGGCGUCUCCACUCCAUCGUCGAAAUCAGACAUGCCGCAGGCUGACCCGUGACUGCCAUGCUCCAACUUCCUCCAGAACUGCUGUCUGAAGUUCUAACCUACGUCCUAGAUAUCCAUAACAGACCUGCCGACGUGCUUUGUGUGCAUUCGCGGCUGCACAUCUUAGGCAGCCACGUCAUAUAUAGCCGCUUGCACUUCAGUUCCGUGCAGCAGCUGUUAAGGUUCUCACAAGGGUGUAAACCACUGCCUUGUGUACCUCAAUCAAUACGAGUCGCACUGCCUGGUGGGAGAAUCGACUUGGACGUCUUCAGAUACCUUCGGCAUGCUCUCCUCCGAUGCGCUCAAAAUGCCCACUCGUCGGCACAGCAUCUGCCGAGAUUGCCACUUGAGCUUCAGCUCCUGUUUCUACGGCUGAAUUCGCAUUCGAGCAAUCCCAAUCUCGGAGAUAUCUACGAUGCGCUAGUUCUCGCCAAGUGAGUCUGCAUGCUAUCACUGAGCAAG